AGUUGUGUUUUCGGUUUGCCAGAUCAUAACCAUAUUCAUGAUGAUUAACUAAAGUUGUUAAAAUCUAUAUUUAAUAUAAAAAGCAGAUAAGGCUAAAGCUAUUAAUAUUGUGUCCAAUGUCUGGAUCCAGAAUGCAAGUCAGUAAUGGAGCCUCUGAUACUAUACAGAAGUUUGAUACUAUGCAGAAGUCUGAUACUAUUCAAAAGUCUGACACUAUCCAGAAGACACUGGGUAGCCAUGGUGGCAGACUGAAGCUCUCAGAGAGAGGUUACAAGUUGUUCCUGAGGGCUGAGUUGGUUGGACUGUGUGUGCUGAUAGGAGUGGUGUGGGCACUGCUUGCAAUACCAGUGUUCCUGUUCCACCUCUCUCCAAUUGAUGAGGAUGUGAGUGUGAACAUCUCUGCAGUGCGAGGAGGUGAGCCGGGCUUUCUCCGUCAUCUUAACGACUCAAACAACACCGACACUUGUCAGUUCAACUGCAGCACGGGCUUCUACUGCAGUGGAGGUGUGGUCUGUCUCCCCUCUUGUGACUGGAAGGAGAUACCACAAGAUUCCAGUGACCUCACAGACGUACUUGUUAGACUACUGGUUGCCGUGGGAGUCAUUGUCGGCAUUAUCGUCAUAGUGAUAUCCUGUAUCCGUAGAAAGAGAAUGUUCAGGUUCCCAUCCGUACUCAUCAUCUAUCACAACAUCACAUGGUUGCUCAUUGGAAUGACUGUGCUCAUCUCCCUGAGUGACCGUGAUGCACUCUAUUGUGUCUCUGAUGACCUCAUUGAGAGCAUCAUCACUUCCUCUGGGUUCUGUGUGUUUACAGGUGUUGUGUUUUACUAUGGACUUCUGCAACUGUUGACCUGGUGGAUUUGUCAUGUUACCAUUCUAUUCUGGAAGAUCAAGUUCCCAUUCCAGGCUCGCUCCUUCGACCAGUCCAACCGCACCAAGUACAUCCACAUUGCCUGCAUCCUCAUCUCCCUGUUCCUCCCUCUCGUGCCGAUACUGAUCACCAUUGGCAACAAUCUGGACGAGCCUCGGUUGGGUACAGUGGGGUUCACGAUGACGCGGUUUCCCCCUCUCCUCUGCACCAGCAUCGAUUCCAAUGCCACAUUCUACGCUCUGGUUCUGCCAGUCAUUCUCAUAUUGGAUACAGGGCUGGCUCUGCUCAUCAUCAUGCUCUGGUUCAUACACAAGCAAACUGUUCGUAUGAAGGCGGACAAAGACGGGAAUCCUCUCAAGCUAGGAACUGCUGAGAAGAAGCUACUAGUCAUCAUUGUCUACUAUGUGCUCCUGGCUGUGCUGGCUCUAACCACAUUCACUAUAUUCUCCCAAACACUGCCUCUAUUUAUGAAACGUCUGUUUGAGUACUUUACAUGUGAGCAGACUGGAUCUCCCGAGAGUGCUCCUUGUGAUACGGGGGGCUUUCAAGACCUCACCAACCCCAUACCUGCUAACAUGUCCUUUGUGCUACUGGCCGUCAACCCGUGGCUUAACCUCGUAUUUGCGCUCAACAUCAGAGAGUUGAAGGAGCUGCUCUGUCCCUACGUGCAGAGAACCAAGAGCUUACUCAUAAGAGACCAAAGCAGCAUCACUACUACCACUAGUGACAAGACUAACAGUAUUAGCCACAACUCAAAUACAAUGCCGUAAUUUUACACAAAAAAAACAAUUUUCCCCAAAAACUAUUAUCACAUAAUUAUUAUUGCACAUAUGAAAACCCUGUGUUAUCACAAAUUGCUGCACACAACUUCAUAUAAUCAUUAUACUGAGUGUUCUUUUAUUGUUGAGAGAUUAACUGUCUUGCACAUGUGUA